AUGCCCUCACCUACGAGCAACGAUCUGACCGAGACACACCAGCUGCCGGCAUUUUACUCACCGCGCACUGCGCCUGUCGAUAGCGGCGCCGAAGACCACAGCGAUGCGGCCACCACUCCGGUAGACGACCUGUCGCUGCCCCCCGCUGCUACCGGUACGCCCUCGUCGCUGCCCCCGCCUCCAUCGCUGCUGUCGCCAGCAUUCACACCCCCGGCCACCCCCGGCACGCAGACACCCAAGACCCGAGGACCCAGAAGCGUUCCCGUCGACAGCUCCGUCGCCUCCGGCGGCUGCGGCUCCAAGAAGCCCCGUCUACUCGAGAAGCUGCCCGAGGUGCAAUGCCUCGUGCGCGCGCGCAUCCCAACCGUCAAUGGCACCGAGAUGUUCUUGCAUCUCUACACCAACAAUGUCGACAAAAAAGAGCACCUGGCCAUUGUAUUUGGCAAGCAUAUCCGGAGCCAGAGCCUCGACGCACCACGCGAGGGCGAGACGGAAAUGGAUCGCAUGAUUCGUGGCGCCUACACCGGCCGGCUGUUUCCCGGUCGCACAACGAGCGGCAUGGGCAGCAGCGAGCCCAGCACGCCAGUAUCGGAGCCUGCGACUACAAAGACUGCGGAUCCCCCGCUGGUUCGAAUUCAUUCCGAGUGUUACACCGGCGAGACAGCCUGGUCUGCGCGCUGCGACUGCGGCGAGCAGCUCGACGAGGCGGCCCGUCUGAUGGGUCUGCCCGAUAAUGAGAGCGGCGGCAUUAUUAUUUAUCUGCGACAAGAAGGCCGCGGCAUUGGCUUGGGCGAGAAGCUAAAGGCAUACAACCUGCAAGAUCUGGGUUCCGAUACCGUCGAAGCAAACUUGCUCCUCCGCCACCCUGCCGAUGCCAGAAGCUACGGCUUGGCUACGGCUAUGCUGCUUGAUCUCGGACAGGAUAGCGUGCGGCUGCUGACAAACAACCCGGACAAGAUUCGCGCUGUCGAGGGACCGAACAGAGAGGUGGUUGUCAAGGAGAGAGUCGCCAUGGUGCCGCUCUCGUGGCGCGGUAAAGGCGGAUUUCGAAGCGAAGAGGUGGAGGGUUAUUUGAAGACAAAGAUCGAACGAAUGGGACACCUGUUGGAUAUGGGAGGCAUGCCACACUAA